AUGGGGGUUAUUGAGCUUUCAUCGCAGUUAUAUGAUGCACUUGUGUUUGUUGGUAAGUUUUCAUCUAAAGUAACUAUAUCUGGAGCUGGAAUGUGUUCUGAGAACAUUCUGAUUGAGAUGCCGGCGAAGUGUGAUUGUGAGUUUACUGUACGUAUCAAGGAUCUGAUGGAAAUGCUUGAGAAAACCAGAGAGUUUGUCUUUGAAGAAGGAAAGCUGAAGUAUAAAUAUGAGAUUGAUGUUAGUGAUGACAAGAUAGAGGUUGAAAGACACGUGCGGAUUUUUGAUGGUAUACAUAGAAUACAAGGCGGUGUUUUGUUAAUGAGCCUUUUAAUAAGCGAUUUUAAAGUGUUGAGUAGAGAUGAUAUUGAGAUUACAGCAGAUAAGGAAGGAAAUAUGGUGUUUAGAUCGUUUGGAAUGGUACGGACAGAACUGAGAUAUGCUGGAUCAAAGGUUGUGGAUCACACAAUUGACUCUUUAAGAGUCUUGGUAAGAUCGAAGGAUCUGCGUGUUGUUGAAGCAUUGCGUGGAGAUGUUAUUUUUUCAUUUCUUGACACGCAUAUUCUUGUCUAUUCGUUUGAACGCGUACAUACUGUGGUUGUCCAAAUACGCCUGCUUGUUGACUGA